AUCUGUCAUCUGUCACGAUACCCUACCAAGUACUGAUUAUAAACAAAAACAGUAUUUUCCAAAUCGAUUUCAUACUCAUAAUUUUAUCAAUAAAGGUAUUAUUGUUAUUGCAAUGUUAUCUUCUCUUAUAAAGGAACAUCAAGCAAAGCAGGCGUCGAAAAGAGUAAUACAAGAGCAAAAACGUAAGGAAUGCAUAACUGCAGCCAAUGAUUUAACACAGGCUCUUGUUGAUCACCUCAAUGUUGGAGUGGCCCAAGCCUAUUUAAACCAAAAGAAAUUAGAUGCUGAAGCGAAACUACUUCACCAAGGGGCUAUAAAUUUUGCAAAACAAACCCAGCAGUGGCUGGCUCUAGUCGAGAACUUUAGUAGUUCUCUAAAAGAGAUUGGUGAUGUUGAAAACUGGGCUCGGAGUAUAGAGAAAGAUAUGAAAAUAAUUACAGAUACAUUAGAAAGAGCAUAUGAAACGGCUCAAGAAAAACCUACUACCAGCCAUUAAAAAAUAAUAAAACGUAUUUAUUUACAAUA